AUGGCGUCCCCCCAACGUCAACAACUGCUUCCUCACAACACAGAGGUGAGCUGCGACUCCAGCGGCGAGGGCGUCUCGGUGAAGAUCGGCGGCAGCGUCAAACACAAGCACGGAGGCGGACCGUUGGGCUUCACGGCAGGGUCCAAACACUGCAAGUACAGCAUCUCCUCCAGCUGUAGCUCCGGGGAGUCGGCGGUCAAGAGGACGUUGGUCAGGAACUUCCGCUCGCAAAAGCGGCUCCCUCAGCUUUUUGAGAGGUCCGCCGGUCACUUCUGGGAUCCUAAGUUUGACUCGUCCAUCCUGGAGGAAGCGUGCAGAGAACGGAGUUUCCCUCAGAUCCAACGGCGUUUUCGCUACGUCCUCUUCUACCUGUCUGCCGCGGCUCUUCUCUGGGGAUUUUACUUCGCUGCUAACCCAUCCCGUUGCAACAAGAUUGUCUUUCUAAUCCCGACUAUGUCCUUUCUUCUCUUCUGCUUUCUCCUCUUCCUUCUAACUUUGACCAAGUUGUACUCUCACUGCUACAAUCAAGCGUCUCUGUUGCUCAUUGUUGUCACCUUCAUGCUAACCCUAGCACCUCAGAUCCAGACGUCAAGCUUCAGAGAUCCAGAGACUGAUUUGUUAGAUGUGGAUAACUUCAGCAGUUCUACACAAAACCUGUCCUACCUAAAGAGUGUCGAGGGUAGCACCUGCGUCUCAGCUGUUGGAACCUUCUCGCUCUGUAUCGAGGUUCUCCUGUUGCUCUACAGUGUUCUUCACGUUCGUCUCUUUGCUUCCGUCCUACUCGGGUUGCUCUAUUCCGUCUGUUUCGAGAUUUUGGGUUGGUUCCAUCUCACCCAGACUGAGGGUGGCUUGAGUUUAACACCGGAAAAUGACCUGGAUACUCUUCGAUGGUUGGGACCAGCGAAAGCCUUGCUCCACCUAUGUGUCCACGCCAUCGGCAUUCACUUGUUUAUCAUGUCUGAAGUGCGAUCACGCAGUACCUUCCUGAAGGUGGGACAAGCAAUCAUGCAUGGGAAGGAUUUAGAGGUGGAGAAAGCGUUAAAGGAGCGAAUGAUCCACUCCGUCAUGCCCAGAAUCGUAGCAGAUGAACUGAUGAAGCAGGGUGACGAGGACUUGGGUGAUAAUUCGGUGAAGAGAUACUCCACAAGCGGCGCGGCGGCUGUUAUCUCUAGCCCCAAGAAUAAUAAACGCAAGAAAACCUCCAUCCCUCGAGGUCAGAUUAUCUUUAGACCCUUCAACAUGAAAAGGAUGGAACCCGUUAGCAUCCUCUUUGCUGAUAUCGUGGGUUUUACCAAAAUGUCCGCCAAUAAAUCCGCCCACGCACUGGUGGGUCUUCUCAACGACUUGUUUGGACGUUUUGAUAGACUCUGCGAGUUGACCGGCUGUGAGAAGAUAAGCACCCUCGGGGACUGCUACUACUGCGUAGCCGGGUGUCCCGAACCUAGACCGGACCACGCGUAUUGUUGCGUGGAAAUGGGAUUAGGCAUGAUCCAGGCCAUUGAACAGUUCUGCCAGGAGAAAAGGGAGAUGGUCAACAUGAGGGUUGGCGUCCACACCGGCACUAUCCUGUGCGGGAUCCUCGGUAUGAAGCGCUUCAAGUUUGACGUCUGGUCCAACGAUGUCAACUUGGCUAAUUUAAUGGAGCAACUGGGAGUGGCCGGGAAGGUGCACCUAUCGCAAGCUACCGCUAACUUUCUGGACGACCGCUACAAGCAUGAAGAUGGGCAGGUCAUUGAGAGAAUCGGGCAGAGCGUGGUGGCGGAGCAGCUAAAAGGCCUGAGGACCUACCUGAUUUCUGGACGCAAACUGGAGAAGCCACCUCCUUGUAGCUGCUCCCAGUCGGCGUUGUCGGCCUCUGAGCACGCCGACGUGAGGUGCUGUUUGCAGGGAGCGCACCCUUCGGAUGGUACAACGUCAGCCUCAAGCCUCCCCAAGCCUCCUUGUCCAGCCUGCAGUGUGGUCAUCAUAGCAGGGGAUGACAAAGUGCAGGAAGAAGGUGACAUGACUCAUGGCUACAACGAUGACCACAAGACAAGUAACGGCAAGGACUCCUCAGGUCUGAAAGGGAUGACCGCGAACCGUGGGUCCAAGGCGCUGAAUGGCCUACUGAGUCCCAGGCUGGAACCACUGAACAACAGCCAAACGUCCCUGUGCGAGAUGCUGCAGGAGAAGGAGAAGAAGACGUGGGCCGUAGGGGCUUUAGGCAUGGACCACUCGGCGCUCAUCCCGCUGCGUUCGAAGAACUUCCGAGAGAGAAGCGACGCCCACUUUGUGGACGUCAUUAAAGGGGACAGCUUGAUGAAGGACUAUUUCUACAGACCGCCUAUUAACAAGCUGUGCCUCACUUUUCUGGAUAAAAGCCUGGAGUCCGCCUACCAGAUAAGCUAUCAGGAGGAGGUGGAGACGCAAGCAACUGCGCAGACCUUUGCCAGCCCGACAUUCAGCUCUUUCCUGGACAUGCUGCUGUGCUCAUCUGUGUUUCUGGCCUUAUCGCUAGCCUGCUUCCUUCGCCCUGUCGUCUCCCAGCUGAGUCUACCCACGCCGGCUCUCAUCGUGACCGCCGUGGCCACCUUUCUGGAGGCCCUGGCACUCUUGUUUGCAAUACACAUGGCGUUCUAUCUAGACGGCGCUCUGAAGUGUACCCGAACGCUAAUGAAAGCCGUGUCAGGUUGGAUCCCGCGUCACCUCAUGGGGGCCGUCACGGUGUCCCUGCCUGCUCUGGCUGUUUUCUCCCACGUCACCUGUGAUAUGCAUCACUCCAUUCAGUUCACCAUGUUCAUCUGCUGCGCUGUGAUCAUUGCUAUCAUUCAGUUUUGCAACUCUUGCCAGCUCAGCUACUGGAUGCGUUCAAGCUUAGCGACUUUAGUUGGACUGGCGCUUCUUUCGCUGCUCGUCACGUCUCCCUGCAGAGUUGCUGCAAAUCUUUUUUUCUGGUUGGACAAGCAGAACAACAGUACCAACAGCUCAAUAAUCCAAUUGGAGACACCAGACGAAGCCCACUUCAAAGACCUUCUGGUCCCCGAAGCUUGCGUGGCAUUUUUCCUGCUCCUCCUCCUGGUUUGGUUCCUCAACCGCGAAUUCGAGGUGAGUUACCGGCUCCACUACCACGGCAACGUGGAAGCGGACCAGCACCGCAUCAAGAUCCAGAACAUGAGGGACCAGGCCGACUGGCUGCUCCGCAACAUCAUCCCAAUCCACGUGGCGGAGCAGCUGAAGGUGACGCAGAGCUACUCCAAGAACCACGACAACGUGGGCGUGAUUUUCGCCAGCAUCGUCAACUUCAGCGAGUUCUACGAAGAGAGCUACGAGGGCGGCAAGGAGUGCUACCGCGUCCUCAACGAACUGAUCGGCGACUUUGACGAGCUGCUGCGGACGCCGGCGUUCGCCAACAUCGAGAAGAUCAAGACCAUCGGCGCCACCUACAUGGCGGCGGCGGGCCUCAACGCUCAGCAGUGCGCUGACGCCGCCCACCCUCAUGCUCAUCUGCGUGCACUGUUUGAAUUCGCGUUGGAAAUGAUGCGCGUGGUGGACGACUUCAACAAGAACAUGCUGGGCUUCGGAUUCAAGCUCCGCAUCGGAUUCAACCACGGGCCGCUCACCGCCGGAGUCAUUGGCACCACUAAGCUGCUCUACGACAUCUGGGGCGACACGGUCAAUAUCGCCUCUCGCAUGGACACCACCGGCGUGGAGUGCCGCGUCCAGGUUAGCGAGGAAAGCUACUGCGUGCUCAGCGGCAUGGACUACGACUUCGACUACCGCGGCACUGUCAACGUCAAGGGCAAAGGACAAAUGAAGACCUUCCUUUACCCCAAAUGUGGCGACAGCGGCCCAGUCCCUCAGUACCAGCUGUCCGUGUCCCCGGAGAUCCGAGCGCAGGUGGACGGCAGCAUCGGACGCUCGCCCACUGACGAAAUAGCUAGCAUGGUGCCCGCUGCCACCAGCGGCAGCAUGGUGCCCAGCGCCAGCGCCGGAUCCUCCGCCAGAACGGGGCUCGACGGGCUUCAGUGGCGCCCGCCCGCGCAGGCCUGUCACGCCAGGCGAUCCGUGUCGCACGGAGGCCUCACGUCUUUGCACGUCAACAACCCAGAGGGACCGCCUUCGGGCGCCGGUAGGAACCGGUUAGUCGUCUCGGCGGUUGUCAAGCCCAUGAGUGCGUCCCAGACGGACAAACAUCAGGAUUCCAACAGACUUUAA